AUGUCAAUCUUUACCGACGAAGCCCGAAAGAUCCUCGGUCAUCUGACCACGACCUUCACAGCUCCGGAAGCAUGCUGGACACCGGCCCAUCACACCGUGUUCAACGUGGGCUGGUUGGGCCAGAGGUGCGGGCCGAAAGACGUCCAGGAUAACGCCGACUGCUGGCCGCCGACGACAACAGGCGCUCCGAGAACCAACCCGGCCUUCUACGGCUGGGGAUUCUACUCGCCCGGCCUCCACUGCCCAGCGGGCUAUGUGUCGGCAUGCACCGCCAGCGCCACCUCUCAAGGUUGGCGCGUACAGUACCGGAUGGAGCCAGAAGAGACCUUUGUGGGCUGUUGCCCAGAGGGCUAUGCGUGCCACAACGAGAACGGCCAAACCUGCAUCUCGAAUGCUCGAGCCACCACCAUUUCGACAUAUCAAUGCGAGAGCGGAAGCCAGAUCAAUCUCGCUCCGAUGACUCUCCCCAACAAGAACUGGUCCCAGGCGUAUAUUUAUGCACCCAUGAUCCAGCUCGCGUGGAAGCCCUCUGCUGUUUCCUCGGACCCAGGACCGACCAACACAUCAGCGCCCGAGGAGCCUUCCAGCGGUGGCAUCUCGAGCGGAGCAAUAGCCGGCAUUGCGGUCGGUGCUGUUGCGGUGGCAAUUGCCAUCGUGGUUGGCGCCUUUUUGCUUUGGAGGACGAAGCGUCGUGGAUUGGCCCGCGGCGGUACCGACUCAAAAGCAGAAUUACCUGUCACUGAGGCAGGCACACCUCCGCCCGGACCCGUCGUUUCUGGGCCUGGAGAGAAAUACUAUUACUCCGGCCAGCCCGAACAACAGUUGCACCCCGGUAUGAAGGAGCCACAAAUGACGACGUACGAACUUGGACAGACGCAAGCGCCAGCCGAGUUGAGCAGUGACCGAUGGAAUACAGAGGGCAGGGUGGAAGCUCCCGGUCCUGAGAUUGCUUCAAGGGAUCUGGAGAGUGCACAUGGCACCCCGCCAGCCGGCCAGCCAGCCGCGUUGCACAGAGGCGCAUGA